CUGCCAGUCAGGCAUCCAUUCCAGCCAGAAUGGCCGCGACGAAGCCCAUCACGUUUUGUGAACAUCUUCAGCUUUCUAGCAUUGGUGUCCAGCCAGCCUCCAUCUCCUUCCAGACCUUAACGCUUGAGAGUGACCACUUCAUUUGCGUGCGCGAAAAAGUCAACGAGCAGAACCAGGUUGUUAUCGUCGACCUUGCAGACGCGAACAAUGUCCUCCGACGACCUAUCACUGCGGAUUCUGCUAUCAUGCACCCAAACAAGAAGAUUCUCGCUCUAAAAUCCGCUCGAACCCUACAGAUUUUCAACAUAGAGACGAAGCAGAAGGUCAAGUCUCAUGUCAAUAACGAGGACAUUGUGUUCUGGAAGUGGGUGACGGACUCGAUCAUUGGAAUGGUCACAGAUACAGCGGUCUACCACUGGUCGAUUUCCGACCAGACGUCUCCGCCAACGAAAAUUUUCGACAGGCACGCAACACUCGCCGGAGCGCAAAUAAUCAACUAUCGCAUUUCCGGAGACGGAAAAUGGAUGGUGCUUGUCGGGAUCGCUGGGAACACGACCAAUCCGUCUGCGUUCAAGGUUAAAGGUGCGAUGCAACUGUACAGUAUCGAGCGGUCGGUCAGCCAACCUAUCGAGGGUCAUGCCGCUGCUUUCGCGGAACUGAAGCUUGAUGGUCAUCAAUUCCCUACCAAGCUCUUCACGUUCGCUGUGAGGACUGCUACAGGUGCCAAGCUUCACGUCGUCGAGAUUGAUCAUCAAGCAGCCGAUCCUGUCUUCUCAAAGAAGGCUGUUGAUGUAUUUUUCCCUCCUGAGGCUACGAAUGACUUCCCCGUGGCUAUGCAAGUUUCUAAAAAGCAUGGCAUCGUAUUCCUGGUCACCAAGUUUGGCUUCAUUCAUCUCUACGAUCUUGAGUCCGGCGCCUGCGUCUACAUGAACCGUAUUAGCGGCGAGACAAUUUUCGUUACCGCGGAACAUGAAGCAACGAACGGUAUUAUUGGUGUGAACCGGAAGGGUCAGGUACUCAGUGUCAGUGUUGACGAAGGUGCAAUCAUUCCUUACAUCCUUGGUACAUUGAACAACACGGAACUUGCUUUCAAACUUGCAAGCCGGGCCAACUUGCCCGGUGCUGACGACCUGUACAUAAAGCAGUACCAGGCCCUCUUCCAAAGCGGCCAGUUCAACGAGGCGGCAAAGAUUGCUGCAAACUCUCCUCGUGGAAUUUUACGAACAUCUCAGACCAUCGAUGCGUUCAAGACUGCACCGGCCCCUCCAGGAGGGCUAUCUCCUAUCCUGCAAUAUUUCGGUAUUCUCCUAGAAAAAGGCGAGCUGAACCAACUCGAGUCUCUUGAGCUUGCGCGGCCUGUCCUACAACAAGGUCGAAAGCAGCUGCUAGAGAAAUGGCUUAAGGAGAACAAACUCACAUGCAGUGAGGAGCUUGGUGACAUCGUUCGCCUUCACGACAUGACCCUCGCCCUUAGCGUUUACCUGCGUGCCAAUGUCCCGAAUAAAGUUGUGGCCUGCUUCGCUGAGACAGGACAGACAGAUAAAAUUGUUCUGUAUUCGAAGAAGGUUGGAUACACUCCGGAUUACACAGCGCUUUUGCAGCAUAUAAUGAGGACCAAUCCGGACAAGGGUGCCGAGUUUGCAUCUCAACUGGUCAAUGAUGAAAAUGGGCCGUUGGUUGAUAUUGACAGAGUCGUCGACAUUUUCAUGUCUCAGAACAUGAUUCAACCGGCGACUUCCUUCCUUCUUGAUGCCCUGAAAGAGAACAAGCCUGAGCAAGGUCACCUACAGACGAGGCUGCUUGAGAUGAACCUCAUCCACGCACCUCAAGUUGCCGAUGCCAUCCUCGGAAACGAGAUGUUUACUUAUUAUGAUAAGCCGAGGAUUGCGAACCUGUGCGAGCGUGCUGGCCUCUUGCAGAGAGCUUUGGAGCACUACGAAGAUAUCAAUGACAUCAAGCGUGCCAUCGUCCACACUAACGUACUACAGCCAGACUGGCUUGUCGAAUACUUCAGCAAGCUUACCACCGAGCAGUCAAUGACGUGUCUGCAAGAGAUGCUUCGAGUUAAUAUCCGACAAAACCUUCAGGUUGUGGUGCAGAUUGCGACCAAGUACUCUGACAUCCUUGGCCCCGUCAAGCUCAUCGAGAUGUUCGAAUCAUUCAAGAGCUUCGAAGGUCUUUAUUACUACUUGGGUUCCGUAGUGAACCUCAGCCAAGAUCCGGAAGUUCACUUCAAAUACAUCCAAGCCGCAACCCGGACUGGUCAGAUUCGCGAAGUCGAACGUAUCUGCCGAGAGAGCAACUACUACAACCCGGAGAAAGUCAAAAAUUUCCUCAAAGAGGCUCGGCUACAGGAUCAAUUACCCCUUAUCAUUGUUUGCGACCGUUUCGACUUCGUCCACGAUCUCGUUCUCUAUUUGUACCAGAACGGGCUUACGAAGUUUAUCGAGGUAUACGUCCAGCAAGUCAAUUCAGCACGCACGCCGCAAGUUGUCGCAGGUUUGCUUGAUGUUGACUGCGACGAAACAACUAUCAAGAACCUGCUCGCAUCUAUCACGGGCAAUUUCCCUAUUGACGAGCUGGUACAAGAAGUCGAGUCGCGCAACAGGCUUAAACUAAUUCUGCCCUGGCUUGAAACACGCGUUCAGCAAGGCAGUCAAGAUGCCGCGGUCUAUAACGCCAUCGCGAAGAUCUACAUUGAUAGUAAUAACAACCCCGAGCAAUUCUUGAAGGAUAACAAUCUUUACGAGCCCCUGGUUGUCGGUAAAUUCUGUGAGAAGAGAGAUCCGUAUCUCGCAUAUAUCGCAUACGCCAAAGGCUUUUGCGAUGAUGAGCUCAUUGCCAUUACGAACGACAACUCAAUGUUCAAGCAGCAGUCUCGUUAUCUUGUCAAGAGGCGUCAGCUCGAACUCUGGCAACAGGUCCUGGUUCCUGAUAAUGUCCAUCGUCGCCAGCUGAUUGACCAGAUCAUCGCGACGGCCCUUCCCGAGUGUACGGAUCCUGACGAUGUUUCUGUAACCGUCAAGGCCUUCAUAUCGGCGGAUCUUCCUAUCGAACUAAUUGAACUCCUGGAGAAGAUCAUCCUUGAGCCGUCGCCCUUCAGUGACAAUAGAAACUUGCAGAAUCUCUUGAUGCUCACCGCUAUCCGUGCAGACAGGGGUAAAGUCGUUAAUUAUAUCAACAAACUGGAGAACUACGACAUUGCGGAGAUUGCUAAGAUUGCGAUUGACCACGGUCUUUAUGAAGAGGCAUUCAUGAUCUUCAAGAAAUAUGAACAACACGCAAACGCUAUGAAUGUCCUCGUAGAACACAUCGUCAGUAUUGAUCGCGGUCUCGAGUACGCAACAAAAGUCAAUAGGCCGGAAGUCUGGAGUCGUUUGGCGAAGGCCCAGCUUGACGGUAUCCGUGUCAAGGACUCAAUCGAUUCGUACAUCAAGGCUGAGGACCCUUCAAACUUCUUGGAAGUUAUCGAGAUCGCUACCCGCGCCGACAAGUACGAUGAUCUCGUGCGCUACUUGCAGAUGGCGCGCAAGACUCUGCGUGAACCAAAGAUUGAUACCGAACUCGCGCAUGCAUACGCGAAGACGGAUCGUCUACAUGACAUGGAAGACUUCCUGUCCAUGACUAACGUGGCCGACAUCCUUGAGGUUGGUGAGAAGUGUUUCAAUGACGAGCUCUAUCAAGCGGCGAAAUUGCUCUUCACGAGUAUCUCAAACUGGGCUCGGUUGGCGACAACUCUCAUCUACCUUGGAGAAAAUCAAGCUGCUGUCGAGAGCGCGCGCAAAGCUGGCAACACACAGGUGUGGAAACAGGUGCACGCGGCUUGUAUUGAGAAACGGGAGUUCCGAUUGGCACAAAUUUGUGGCCUCAACAUCGUUGUGCAUGCAGAGGAAUUACCUGGCAUUCUUCAAACUUAUGAACGACAUGGAUACUUUGAUGAGGUACUUGCAUUGAUGGAGGCUGCUUUGAGCUUGGAACGCGCACAUAUGGGUAUUUUCACAGAGCUCGCAAUUUUGUACAGCAAAUACCGACCGGAAAAGCUUAUGGAACAUCUCAAACUCUUUGUCUCACGUAUCAAUAUUCCGAAGGUCAUUAGGGCAGCAGAGAAAGCUCAUCUUUGGCCCGAGUUGGUCUAUCUGUACGUGAAGUACGAUGAAUUUGAUAAUGCUGCUCUUGCCAUGAUGGAGCGUUCAGCGGACGCAUGGGAGCACAACCAGUUCAAGGACGUAAUCGUGCGCGUUGCGAACGUCGAGAUUUACUACAAAUCUCUGUCAUUCUAUCUACAAGAGCAACCGAUGUUGCUUAAUGACCUAUUAACGGUCCUGUCACCACGGAUAGAGCAUACUCGCGUAGUGCGCAUCUUCCAACGGAGCGACAAUGUCCCUCUCAUUAAACCAUACUUGAUCGCUGUGCAAAAUCUCAACGUCGAAGCUGUCAAUGAUGCUUACAACGAUCUCCUGAUCGAGGAGGAAGAUUACAAGACUCUUCGGGACUCGAUAGACAGCUUUGACAAUUUCAAUAACAUCCAACUUGCGAAACGUCUAGAGAAGCACGAGCUCCUAGAAUUCCGUAGAUUGGCAGCUCACUUGUACAAGAAAAAUGGAAAAUGGGAAGAAUCCAUCUCGUUAUCGAAGCAGGACAAGUUGUUCAAGGAUGCGAUGCAAACGGCAGCUUACUCUGGUGACAAGGAGGUCACCGAGGAGCUGUUGUCCUACUUUGUCGAUAUCGGAAACAGGGAGUGCUUCGCGGCAAUGUUGUACAUGUGCUUUGACCUCCUCAAUUCUGACUUCGUUGAGGAGCUAUCAUGGCAACACGGACUCAACGACUUCUUUAUGCCUUACAAAAUCCAAUCGCAACGUACGCUGGUCACGAAGAUUGCCGCGUUGGAGAAGCAGGUUCAGGAACUUGCCUUAAAGAACACCAAGAAGGAGCAGGCGGAGGAAGAGGCGACGAUCAUUGCUCCGGGUGGAUUCGGCAACAGACUAUUGCUGACACAGGGCAAUGGAUAUCCUCCACAAGGGCCUCCGCCAAUGAUGAUGAACGGCACAGGCAUGCCACCUAUGCAGACUGGAAUUCCUUCUCAUGUCACUGGCUUUGGCACUUUCUGAUGAUACCUUUUGUGGACUUUGUUUAUGCAUUACGGUUUAUGUAUAUUCCUCUUCC